GUAGACAUGGCUUCAUGGAAAUGGGACGUCGCUUUGAUCGGAUCGAGAAGUCACUAAGUGAUCUGAAUUCUCGAUUAGAUCGGGUGGAACAACUUGUUCAGGCAACUCAUCUGGGUGAGCCGAGGUCGCAGAGGCAGGAGAACCAACAACACCAACGUUUUGACGAACGUAUCGAGGGCGUUGAAGGACGUGUGGCGGACGUGGAGACCAGGCUAGAGGUUGGCCUCCAUGACCUGGCACAAGAUGUCGAGAAUCAGUUAUAUGAUGUGCGACACGAGUUCAACGACACAAUUACAGUUCGCAUUGAAGACGAGGUUGGCGUUGCGCAGAGCCAACUGGAGGACUUUGUCAAGGAUGAGCUUCGCAAUGUUGCUUCAGACGUGGAAGAGUCGGUCAAAGAGACGUUGAGAGAUGCGUUGGCCUAGGGACCUCAGUCGUCUGUCGCAGAUCAACGGUCCGAGUGCUUGGUUGCAUGUGGUGAUGUUAUGGGAUUGUUGGCUCACCAUAACACUAAUGCAGAAGGCAUCACGGGUGGUGGACAAUAGGAAAGAGUCUGCAGAGACUCUACAAACAAGGCCUGUUACGCUCCUCCCUAGUGCGGCACCAAAUCGACAGCACCUGGUGGUGCAUGC